AUGGAUGAUUCUGAUACCGAUCUAACAACCAAUUUAACAUCGCUCUUAUUAAAUCAUUGUACGAGUAUAAAAAUGAAUGAUGUUGAAGCACUUCUUUCACGAUUACCUGCAUUAAAACAUCUUCGAUUACUCUUUCCGAGUUGUGAACCUAAUUCUAAAUUAUUUGAUGGUUCUCGAUGGGAGAAGUUCAUUCAAACGAAAUUACCUCUAUUGGACAAGUUUGAAUUCUCGUUCGAAGUUUUUAAACGUUUUAAUUCAACUGAUGUUACGAUAGAAUCAUUGAUUGCACCAUUUUGA